AUGUUCCAGAGAUUCGCCAGCGCCCUGUUCGGCGACGACGAUGUCGCGCCGCAGCCGAGUCGCCUCCGCCGUCACGAAAAGCAACCUGAGGAGGAGGAAGACGAGGAAGACUGGAUCUUGGUCAACUUCCUGGCCGACAGCUGUUCCGGUCAGCGCUGCGGCGACGGCCUCUCUGGCGCCGUUGUCGGCAAAGACGUGGAAGAGGAAGAAGACGAAGACCUGGUGAUAAUCCCUUCCCCCGUGGCCAGCCCGCCCGUCCGCUACGCUUCCUGCACCUCCCUCAACUCCACGGCCGACACCGACCCGGACGGCGGUGGCGAGGAGGACGAGGAAGAGGACGGCGAUUUCCUGCGCGUGGAUGCGGCGUCUCUGGAGGAGAGCUGGUUCGUCACGCCCCCGCCGUGCUUCACCGGCCGCGGGGUCCGCUCCGUCCUGGUGGAGACUAGUCCUCUCGAGAACCUGCUGAUCGAACACCCCAGCAUGUCGGUCUACGCCCACCACAGCCCUCCCAGACUCAACCUGGACCCAAUGCCACGUUCCAUGGACUUGGAACUGGCUACUGCUCCUAAGGAGAAAGGAAGACGCUCUCUGGAUAGCUCGCGACACAGGCCCGAAGUGUCGUCGGUCCAGCGCCGUACCAGCCUGCACCAGUCGGCGUGCUACGCCGCGGCGCUGUCGGCCCGCGCCGGCCUCCUGCCUCCCCGUCCGGGCCUGGGUGCCGGCCAACCGCUUCUGUCACGCAACGCGCUGCGCCGCCUCAACCUGCUGCACCCGCCCAAGGCCGGCCCCGCCCACCUGCACCAGCCCAGCCAGCGUCACCUCAACUUCUGA